CGGAGCAGGGCGGGCAUGGAGACCGAUGCGGUGCCCGAGAGGGGCCCGGCCUCUGGUCCCCCUCCCCGCGGGCCCGGCGCCAGGGAGCCCAGAGUCGGCCACCUGCGGUUCCUGCGGAGGAGCGUGGUGGACUCGGACCAGGAGGAGCCGCCUCUCGAGCUCUCCGAGGCCGAGCCGCGCAGGAUCGUCCUGCUCUCCAAAACCAGGAGGAUCAUUGCGGAGAGGGCCAAAGAGCGGCACGGGGAGGCCGAGCUUGAGCCCCCUGCGGCCGAGCCCAAGGGUGCCGCCCCUGGGGUGCCGGCCGCGGCCGAGGGGCAGAAGGAGCCGGGCAGAGAUGCCGAGAGGAAAGAGCCGUCGGACAAAGACCAGAGCAAGUCCAAGAAGGAGGAGCCCGAGGAGGAGGCCGACAUGAAAGCCAUCUCCACCUCCCCCGAUGGCCGGUUCCUGAAGUUUGACAUCGAGCUGGGCAGGGGAUCCUUCAAAACGGUCUACAAGGGGCUGGACACGGAGACCUGGGUGGAGGUUGCUUGGUGUGAACUUCAGGACAGAAAAUUGACAAAAGUAGAGAGACAGAGAUUUAAAGAGGAAGCAGAAAUGUUGAAAGGUCUUCAGCAUCCAAACAUUGUUAGAUUUUACGACUUCUGGGAGUCCUGUGUAAAAGGAAAAAAAUGUAUAGUGCUGGUUACUGAAUUGAUGACCUCUGGAACGCUAAAAACGUAUCUGAAAAGAUUUAAAGUGAUGAAACCAAAAGUUCUUCGUAGCUGGUGCCGACAAAUCCUGAAAGGUCUACUGUUCUUGCACACGAGAACUCCACCAAUCAUUCACAGAGACCUAAAAUGUGACAAUAUUUUUAUUACGGGACCGACUGGAUCUGUGAAAAUAGGAGACUUAGGUCUGGCAACCCUCAAAAGAGCUUCAUUUGCCAAAAGUGUAAUAGGUACUCCAGAAUUUAUGGCCCCAGAAAUGUACGAAGAACACUAUGAUGAAUCAGUUGAUGUAUAUGCUUUUGGAAUGUGCAUGUUGGAAAUGGCUACCUCAGAAUACCCCUACUCAGAAUGCCAGAAUGCUGCUCAGAUUUACCGGAAAGUAACCUGUGGUGUCAAGCCAGCAAGUUUUGAGAAAGUUACUGAUCCUGAAAUUAAGGAGAUAAUUGGAGAGUGUAUUUGCAAAAAUAAAGAAGAAAGAUAUGAAAUUAAAGACUUAUUAAGCCAUGCCUUUUUUGCUGAAGAUACUGGGGUAAGAGUGGAACUUGCAGAAGAAGACCAUGGUAGGAAAUCCUCUAUUGCCUUAAGACUCUGGGUAGAAGAUCCUAAGAAACUGAAAGGAAAACCCAAAGAUAAUGGAGCCAUUGAGUUUACUUUUGAUCUGGAGAAGGAAACUUCUGAUGAUGUUGCACAAGAAAUGGUUGACUCUGGAUUUUUUCAUGAAAGUGAUGUCAAGAUAGUUGCAAAGUCAAUACGAGAUAGAGUAGCAUUAAUACAGUGGAGAAGAGAGAGAAUUUGGCCUAUGAUACAAUCAGAAGACCAUCAAGUUUCUGAAUGUUUGGAGAAAUUGAAGGUGCCGCAAGCACAACAGGUUCAAGUAACAUACCUUUCACACACUGGUCAACAAACUCUGUCAGAGCUCGAGGAGCCAGAAGCUGACCAGCAUCUAUUUCAGCAUAACCUCCCCACCAGCGUUACAUCUGUUGCAUCUGACAGCACAUUUGACAGCGGUCAGGGGUCCACAGUUUAUUCAGACUCCCAGAGCAGCCAGCAAAGUGUCAUCUACUCAUCUCUGCCUGAUUCAAUACCUCCUGCUAUUCAACGGGUUUACAGUCCACCUCUAACUGAGAGCCAGGCUUUGCCCCAAAGCCUUCAGCAGCUGGGGCACUACCAGCAGCCUUCUGUACCUGGACUAACAGUGGCUCAGGCUCCACCUGCUGUUCUCUCUGAGCGACCGCAACAUUACCAAGAGCCAGCAAUGACAUUCCCAGUCAUACAGCCAGUCACAGUUGCUUCAUCACAGAUGGGGCAAUCUAAGCCUGUUUUAGCCAGCCAGCAGCAACCCAUACCACAGCAAGCUCCUCUGCAGCAGGUUCUAGCCAGCCAGCCAGUUUGUCCAUUGCAGCCUGCUGCCCAUCUGCUGCCCCAAUAUCAAACCCAGACUUCUCAGGUGGCAGCUACCAGUGCACAGCUAACACCACUACAGAUUUCCACUGUGCAGCAACUUCCUCAUGUCCCACCCUCCCAGAUUCCUCAGCUUCCUGUCAUUCCUGCAGUUACUCCUCUGGCAGGACUUGAUAAUCUUCCUCCAAGCCUCUCUGAUUUACCUGCUGCAAAUGCGCCCCCCAUACCUGCUCCUUCCCAGUAUUUCACUCCAGCUGUGAUUAUACCAAGCCUUCCCAUGAACCCUGCUCUGCCUCUGGCAUCCAAUCCCCCUGCCCUAUCCAUGCAGGCAGUCAACCUUCCUCACACUACCGUGGCUUCUUUGGUCUUGCCCUGCCAAACAAUAGUGCCAAAUAUGUCGUCUGCUACAAUACCAUUACUUGCUGUGGCUCCACCGGGAGUGUCGGCUUUGCCAACACAUCACGCAAUAUCCCAUCUCUCCCAGCAACAGAUGUACCAGCCUACCUUCCAGCAGAUAAUUCAGAGUGAUGCUCCCUCACCCCAUCACACUCAGAACAUGCAAGCAGUUUUGCAGCAGCAGCUGCCUCCACUUCCUCAGUCACUGCAACCAAGCAUAAUUCAUCCUUCAGAACAGACUAUGUCUGGAUCUGGAGUUGGUAACCAGAUCAUUGGACAUCCUCAAUAUGGUUUGGAAAUUGGAGCCCAGAUGCCUGUAAUACCAAUGCAGCCUUCGAUAGUUAUGCCACCACCUUUGCAGUUGCAACCUGAAAUAUUGCCUCCAUGCCUUGGGCCAGAAAGUCUUUCACAACUUCAUGGCAACCUUGCUGCAGCUAGUGCAACAGUGCCCAUAGAUCAUUGUCUGCCUCUUCAGCCUACUGGUCUUCUGCAGCUUCAACCAGAUCUUUCCCAGCCUCUGGGGCAACAGGCUCCAUGUUCUACUAUCCAGUCGGUUACAGAGCCAACUCAAGAGGAGCAUGUAAUACAGGAAAAACAGCAGACACUAACACUGAGCUGUGAAAGCUACACGAGUCCCGAUGUUGCUUCAGGUAAAGAGAUGAGUGAUAGCUUUGAAGGAGUGGUUGGAAGUGGAAAGCAAGAAGGGAAGCCUUCAAAAAAACAUAAGAAAUCUACACGCAUUCGAUCACGCCAGGAGAAGUCGAGCAGACCAAAGCUGACCAUUCUAAAUGUGUGUAACACAGGGGAUAAGAUGGUGGAAUGUCAGCUGGAAACACACAAUCACAAAAUGGUGACUUUUAAAUUUGAUUUAGAUGGUGAUGCGCCAGAAGAAAUUGCUACUUACAUGGUAGAGAAAGAAUUCAUUUUGCAGACUGAGAAAGAGACAUUCAUUGAACAAAUGAAAGAUAUUAUUGAUAAAGCAGAAGAUAUGCUCAGUGAAGAUACCGAAGGAGAACGAAGUUCUGAUCAGGGAACAAGUCCCCAGCAAGAUGCCUCUAGACUAGAAAUGAAUGAAGAGAAUCGGCAAUCUCAAGUGAAGACACCCAUGUAUCAGCAGAAUGUUUUACAUACUGGAAAAAGGUGGUUUAUUAUAUGCCCUGUUGUGGAAAACCCUACUGAGGAGGUACCAGAAUUCUCCCCAGCAGUUCCUCAGAGUAAACAGGCGGAAGGUCCAGAUCCAGAACAGUCCGAUGAUCAGCAAAUGGGCUCUGCAGUGACAGACACACCUAGUGUCUUCUUUUGUCACCAGCUUCCUAGUCAAACAAGUGUAUUCGAAAGCCCCUGUGGAAUACCUGCUCCUUUGGCACAAGUUCCUGCUGCAGUGUCUUCAGCUGUUUUACAGACCAAGGCAGAAAUUUUAGCUGCAACACUACCGGGAACUGCUCCACAUGUCCCAGAACAGUUUGUUACUAAUGUAGGUCAACCAGAAUAUCCUCCACUACACCUGGUAAUGCCCAGUCAGCCUGAAGCUUCUGCCCACAAAGCAGCUUCACUAGAGGGGCCUUCUGAUGCUCAGCUUGCUCCAAAAUCCUCCCUGCAAACGCUGCAGGAGAUGGAUGAAGACACUUGUAUUCCCGAUGUGGAGAUUUCAUGCUGUACUGUCAAGCCACCCAGCUCGAUUCUAACAGUUCCUGCUCAAGGAGCCGAAUUCUGUCCCGUUCCUGCUCUCUCUGAUGUCGUCGUCUUGGAACUUCAGCCUGCGCCACAGAUCCCCCAGGUGUCAGAGGCCAGUCAGCCUGGUGUAAUGCGGCAUUCCUUUGUGAACCAGCUGCUUCCUGGGGGUGUUGUGUCUGAUCCUCUGAGUCUGACAGGCUCUCAGCUUCAAAGUCCUCCCCAGCUACCGGUAGCUGUGUCCCAGCAAUAUACAAUGCUGACCCAGUCUCAGCCUGUCACCUGCACUGGCCUUGGCGUUGGUCCGCUGCAGCCACCUUGUGCAGUAGAGUCAGAUGGAGAAGGGCCACCCAGAGUUGAUUUUGCUGAUGACACAAUAAAAAGCCUCGAUGAGAAGUUGCGCAAUUUACUGUACCAAGAGUGUGUUCCUACAUCUGCUGCAUCAGCAGGGACACCAGACAGCUUUGUACCCUUAGAGCAGGGCGAGAGCGAGUUGGCUAGCUUACCACCUUUGAGUGAAGAACUAAUUCCCACACUUUUAUUGGAUUCAAGAGAACCAGGCCUUAAUGUCCCAGACACCUGUCAGGAAGCUAAUGCUGCUCAGGAUCAAUGUGUGUCACUUGUACCUUCUGCAAUGCCACCUUACCCUGUGUUGGCUAGUCAGGCUAUGACUGUGCCUUUUAUGCCCAUAAAUCCAGCAGCCAUGGAAACGUCUGCCAUGCUGAACAAUGCUACAACCACUGGCCACAGCAGAACAGAGUUCAGAAUCCAAGAGCCGAUGUUGGAAAAGUCUGAAACGACUAGCAUCGGUGUCAGCUCCUCAGAAGUGAGAGUUUAUGAAACAGGUUCAGCGGCAAACAUUUCUUCAACUUCUGCUGUUACAACAAAAGGUCUUCAGAUUGUUCCUGCAUCAUCAACCAUACCUGAACAAAUGGAAACUUCUAAAAGGAAUAAGGAGGCAAAGAUCAAAAUUUCAUCUGCACUUACAGAGAACUUAAUACAGACUUCUACAACAGAUAGGGAGAUAAAUAACCUUCAAAGGAAUGACUUUGUAGACCCUGGUUCCUAUGGAAAACAGUCUGAAGUGCAUGAUAAUAGUACACCAGCCAAAACUAUUGGCAGGUUUUCAGUGAUCAGUACCCACGAUGAAUUAACUUUAACAUCGCCACAUUGCUUAAGGUACUCUGCUCCACCAGAUGUUUAUUUGGAUGAGCUUCCCUCCAGCCCAGACCUGAAAACAUCAGUACGGCGAGUGCAAACGGCAUCUUUUCUUGAUGUCCUUUCUGACCAUGGUUCCAGUGAUUCUGGUGAUGAGUCUCUCCGAAGGAAGUCUGUUGCUGCUCAGCUGUCCCCGCAGAGUGGUACUGCAGCCACUGACAUCACAAAAAAGCCAGCUUCUCUUCUGCAAAGAUCUGGAAAGACUAGUUCACCAGGCCCUGAUUCGCCUAAUGGUCAGGGAACAAAAAUCCCCACUAUCAAUAUAACAUCCUUCCACUCGCAGUCAUCCUACAUGAGCAGCGACAAUGACUCAGAAUUUGAAGAUGCAGAUAUGAAGAAAGAACUGCAGAACCUGAGAGAGAAACACAUGAAAGAAAUUGCUGAACUGCAGACUCAACAGAAGAAUGAGAUAGAAGCUUUGUUCGUCCGGCUGGGCAAACCAUUGCCACCCAACGUGGGUUUUCUUCACUCAGUCCCACCAACUGGCCGCCGGCGAAGAACCAGCAAAAAUAAAUUAAAAGCUGGGAAACUAUUGAAUCCUCUGGUUCAGCAGCUCAAAACUGCACCUUCCAACACAAGUCAUCUGUCAGACUGCAAAGAGUCUCUCCCAAAAGAAACAACUAAAACUCAUGCUCGUUCAACUGAAGCAACAGCAGUAACUUCCUCCACAUCAGCCACAUUUGGAAAUUCAGUUCAAACACAACAACCCUGCUCAGUCAAGGCUUCUUUAUCUUCUGAUAUCUGCUCCGGCUUAGCCACCGAAGGAGGCAAUGCGCAUGGAAGUUCUGGCCAAGGCUGGACGGUUUUCCACCAAACGUCUGAGAGAGUGACCUAUAAAUCUAGUAGCAAACCUCGUACCAGAUUCCUCAAUGGACCUAUGUCUUUGUCCAUCUGGUCCACCCUGAAACGACUAUGUCUAGGCAAAGAUCACAGUAGUAGAUCAUCUACAAACAGUCUUGUAACGUGUCCUGAGCCUCUACCACCACCAGCUCUGCAGGUCCAGGUGCAAGCAAACAACAGUAACAACAAGAAAGGAACAUUCACAGAUGAUCUUCACAAACUGGUGGAUCAGUGGACAAGCAAAACUGUUGGCGCAGCACAGUCAAAACCUUCUUUAAACCAACUGAAGCAGAACCAAAAAAGACAAGACAUGGAGCCAAAGGGUAAUCCCACGCAAGCACAGAAUGAGACAUGUGGAGUUAAUUCAGUAAGAACAGGCGUGGGGAAUAAGCGCAUUGUUCCAGUGUCUUGUCCUAUGUCAGCCGCAUUAGCUCCUGGAGUUUCGCCAGCCAUGCCAGUGCCUAUGCCAGGUACUACCCUUUCUGGCACAGUAACACCUUAUGUGAUGCCUCUUUGUCAAUAUGGAGGAGUUUUCCCUACGCCAGUUUAUGGAGUACAGUGGUCGGGCACAACAGCACAACCUGGAAUUGUAGGAGCUCAGAGCAUUGCACAGUUUCCAGCUCUUGGCAAAACUGGCUUGCAGAUGUUUCCAGUGUCACUGCAGCAGCCUGCUGUCAAUCCACCUGGCCCUAACAUGAAAAUAACAUAGCUUUGUUGCCUUUGGAUGGAUAGAUGAUGAUUUCAAAAUUGGAAUGCUGAGUGUUUUGAGCCUAUAGACGCCAUAUGUGUUUGAAGAGGUAUGGUUCUACUGCUGGCACCCAGUUCAGGCCUAAUAGCACACACAGCCAUACACUGCAUCAAGCAAUCACUGUGAAAUGUUUUCACGAAAGAGGGUUUGUUUGUUAUGGCAAUAUCUGCUUAAAUUUCAUUGCUAAAGACACUUCAUUCUCUUGUGUUCCCGUGUUCUACACUUGCAAUCUUUAAAGUUAAUAUACUUGAAGGUUACAAAAUUGUAUUAACCCUUGCAGGAGUACAGUGCCUUGAAUUUAGCUUUUCAGUCCCAGCUGGAAAGAGAUGUAAAAAUAUUUGAAAGGUGUAUUUUAUUUACAAUCUGCUUGUGAGUUUCAAUUAUUAUUUUUUUUAUUUGCUAAAAUACUGAAGGUUUACAGUUGACGCUCUUGAUUAGUUUCGUUCCAUUUUCUACUGUAAAUGCUUUUAUUUUAAUUAGUGGGUUGAAUUUAAAUUUUUAAGGCUUUUCAGAAGUUUGCAAGGUGAGAUUGGUUUGACUGAGACACUGAUCUAAAUCCAUUUGCAUUUGUACAAUGAGUAGUGAAAUAUAUGCAUUUUGAAAUAGAAGCAUUUACGAGAGCAACGAAGGUACAUUGUACAUAAGUAUAGGGAAUAGCUUUGGGCCGUGCAUUUCCUUCCGUUAUGCAGUUGUUGGUGUAUUUGUUGCAGAUGACAACUUAUUUUUGUUACAGGGAGCAGGCAGGCAAAUACUGCUUUCUUUUAGUUCAGCAGCAAAUCGAUUACGUUUUAUUUCCCCCAGUGGGCUUGUUUAAUUCAGUUAAAUUACAAAUCCGUGCAUGUUUCAUCACUGAACAAUCUAACUGAAAUCUUGAUUAUAGGAGAACCGAUCUCCAGGUUACUGUAACACGUAUGUAAGUAUAGUACUUGCAUGUACUCUCCCUUCAAUUCUGUCAGCAGUAUUGGGUAGGAAUGGUAUUUGUUGUCACUGAAGUGCUAACAGUACUCGCACUGAAAGGGAAUUAAAUGGGAAGCUCUUAUUUCCCUUUCUCCUGUGUGAACAGUGAAUCCUUCGGUUUUGGUGUUUGACCACGGUUUGUUUGAAUCUUUUAUUUAUUUUUUUCCAUUUUAAUUAAGUUUGCACUGUAGGUAGCAAGGACACCUCUUCUGUUUGAUAGUUGCUUUUUGUCCACAUUACUGUGCAUAGAAUCUGCAUCUUCACCUCUCAGUCAAAAGGCACAAGGUAACCACUAAAACUGAUUUACUGAUGGUAAGUUUCAUUUUACUAGAACACACUAAGGGAAAUCGUUAUGGGCAUUGGUAGCAAAACAUUACAUCAUCAGAUUUGAAGGCACACUGCUCUAGAUUCUUUACUGCAACGACAUUUUAUAUUACCUGCUGAAGGGUGGAGAUGUCUUGUGCUGCCAAGCUGUGAAUUGUAUAGUUCUGUUGUACUUUGAGCAUUUUAACUGUCUAAAUUAUUUUGUUUGUACCCUUUAAAUAUAUUAUUCCAUCAAUUAAGUUAGAAUUGAAUUUUAUAGACAAUUAUGCAGAGUCUUCUGCCUGGGCAAAAUACUUACUGUAGUAGGAGAUUUCUGUUCUCUGUAACAUGUAUCUUAAAUUUAUUCCUUUAGAUUCAUGUCUGUAUGCUACUGAGCAAACAUGGAAAAUAUGUUCUCACAUCAUUUCUCCUUCAGCUUGCACUGGAUCUUACAGUUUGUUGCUGUUGCCUGAUGUAUAGUCCACCCCUUGUAUACUGACAGAGUCAGUGGCACUAAAACCCCCAAGAGAUUGUAUAUAUUAAAAAGA